ACACGAAAAACAUUUAUUUCCACGUUGCAGCAGAUGUGCAACAGUCUAAUUUUUCUUUUUUCGUUAUUUCGUCAGAAAUUGGUGGUAUUUCUUUAACGUUAUCUUUUCAAUAAUUAGUGCCCCCAAUUGUGAAGUAUGCCACCAAAAGGUAAGCGACGAUCGAGCAAGCCCAAGGAGACAGAAUUCAGUCAACGUGGAAGUGGCGAUUUUUCUGGACCAUCGUCAACAACAGCAGAUGACCAACAUGACGAUGACGAGCAAAACCACAACAUGGGAGCUGGAGGUGACGACGGUAAUAAUGUCAACUAUGUGAAUGGGGGAGGAGAGGGAAAGAACCCUGAGGCCGAAAAGUCCCCAUCUCCAGAAAAGGAGGAAGAAAUUUCAUUUUCUUCGCCAGGAGAGUUAUCAUCGUCAUCAUCAUCAUCUCUAACCCAAGUAACUGCUCCAAACUCAACUGCAACGACCCUGUUAUUGGAAGAUGCAGAUGACACUGACGAAGAAGAAUCUGAGGUAGUUAUCUCUGCAUCACUGAAUCUUGGACAAGAUAGCAAAGUCGAGUUGAAAACAGAGCAAGUUAAAGUGAUCGAGUCACCGCAAUCAGUAUCAUCAUCACCUAGAGGAAAAGAAAAGGAGGCGUCCGCCGUAUCGUCACCCAAAGGAAAUUCGCAACUUUCCAGAUCUGAACCAUCAAGUAUGACGACUACCCAAGAACAACCACCACCAGCGCAAUCAUCCCUACCAGCAUCAUCAUCUUCUUCCUACGCAACCGCUAGCACAGUUAACUCACUAAACAGUUCAACCGUUUCAGCCCCACCGGAUAUCAAUUAUAGCAAUGCAAUUUUGACUGAUGAGCAACCACCAGAGUUGGAACUACCAGCCACCGUCAGCACCUUGUCCAUCAAUAAUGCGCGAAUUUAUUUGAUUGGCACUGCCCACUUCUCCACGCAAUCUCAAGAAGACGUGAGCAACGUUGUGAAACUAACCCAACCUGACUGCAUUCUUUUAGAACUUUGCCCAAGUCGUAGAAAUAUACUGCACCUUGAUGAGGAGAUGCUUCUGAGAGAAGCAGGAGAUAUUAGUUUUGCUAAAAUAACCGCAACGCUACGAAAUGCACCUCCAGGCAGUUCAAGAGUCCAAUCUCUCCUGCACCUAUUGCUCCUGUCGAUGUCGGCGUCCCUGACCAAAAAAUUGGGGAUGGCACCAGGUGGUGAAUUCCGUGCUGCAGUAAAGGAAGCGGAUAAGCUCCCAAGAAAACCAACCCUGCUCUUGGGUGAUCGCCCGUUUAAUGUUACCUUGGCCAGGGCAAUUGCAAGCUUGUCACUCAUGCAAAAGGUUAAAUUGGCCUGGCAGUUUUUGCUGAGUUCGGAUGACAUUACAAAAGAAGAAAUUGAAAAAUGUAAGGAGCGUGACCUGCUCGAAAAAAUGUUAUCUGAAAUGACCGGAGAGUUCCCGUCCAUAACAGAAGUUUUUGUGAAUGAAAGAGAUUAUUACUUGGCGCAUACUCUGUACAUGAGUUCCGUCGCCAUCGGGGAAGCAAAACAGAAGCAAGGGGGUAAAGGCGAGGCUGUAGUCGUCGCCGUAGUAGGAAUGGGACAUGUCAUGGGAAUCUGCAAAAACUUUGGACAAACAACGGAACAAGAGUUUUCUAGGGUUGGAAGUCUUCCACCAACCUCACCGCCAUCAACUACGAAAUGGCUCAUCAAAACUGGGAUCAAACUAACGUUUUACGGAGUAAUGACUUAUGGUGCGUACAAACUCUUCAAUCGGAUUGACAUUUUCAAGAAAUUUGAAAAUGGUCUGAAGCUUGGAAUUGUCAAAAUUAAGUAGAUUACUGCCGAUAAUAAUUUAUAAUGAAGAUCUACAAGAUCUUACAUAUUGAGUGAUGAUAGUUUAUUUAUAUUUAAUAAUAAAUAAAUAAACAAUAAAUAUUAUGAAUUUAAUUUAGUCCUCCAAAUAAAUAUGGAUUUUCAUACAA